AUGCACUUUUUAUCCAACACCUACACCCGCUGGCUCCCGGCAACUGGUGUCGAGGAGAUGCACACCUCCGCGCUUGUCGGCGCCCUAGAGGCGAUCGACAGCGGCGUCACAACCAUUUUGGACUCGUGCGAGACUUUUCCCUCUGCCGCGCAUGCAGAGGCAGAACUCCAGGCACUAAAAGACUCGGGAAUUCGGGCCUUCUAUUGCUACGGCAUGAGCGACUAUAGCUAUGGAGAAGUCAAGGGGGGAAAGGCUGGUUGGGAGGCCCGCAUGGCGCAUGUGAAAAAGCUCCGGGAUGACAACCCUGACCGCGACAGCCUUGUACAAGUCGGGCUGGCACUCAGCCAGAUCGGCACCGUCCCGUUUGACAUGACGGUGGCUGAAGUGAAGCUGGCGAAGGAACGCGAGAUGCUCUGCUGUUCGCACACGGCAGGUGUCCGCAAUUCGGUCAUUACCAACGGUCUGGAGGAGCUCAAUGACAACAAUCUUCUGUUCCCAGGACACGUAUACAUCCACUGCACUGGCCUCACCGAGCGCGACAUGGAUCUUAUUGCCGACUCUGGAGGUAAGAUCUCUAUUGCGAUGGAGACAGAUAUGCAGAUGGGUAUGGGAAUUCCACCAUUGAGGGAUUGCCUUAACCGCGGUCUUAAGCCGUCGCUCAGCAUCGAUACGUCUGCUGCCGUGGCGCCGGACUUGCUGUCGCAGAUGCGCCUGGCUCUACAGACGCUGCGCCUUCUCGAUCACGACGCCGAGCAAAACCAACGCAAGGUGCCGUUGCACCUCAAGGCCUCAGUUAGUGAUGCCCUUGGUUGGGCAACGCGCAACGGCGCGGAGGCGGUUGGUCUUGGGGAUAAAAUCGGCACCCUGACACCGGGCAAGAGGGCCGACAUCGUUGUCAUUUCCAACAAGCGCGGCCUUAGCGCUUCCGCCUUCCCACUUGGAACCGCCGUUCUGCAUUCAACUCCCGCUGACGUGGAAACCGUUAUGAUCGAUGGAAAGGUUGUAAAGCGUGAUGGACGUCUUGUUGGACAAGAUGUCGAGGCUAUUCGCGCAAAGGCCCGAAAGGGGCUUCAAAACAUCUUAGAAAACAUGAAGAGCAUGCCCGCAGAAAUGAACCCCUCCGAGUUCAGAGCAUAUCACCUCGGUGCUGAGCGCAUGACCCGAGCCAAUUUGGCCUUGGCCUACGAUGCGGGUCACAGGGCUGGUGACUGGUUAAGGCCCGUCUAA